AUGACUAGCACCGAGAGCAUCGCCGAAAGCGGCGACCAACCUUGCAUCAGGCUGGAGCCACUCGACGGCAAGAACACCCUUCUGCCGGGCAAAGCGACGCCGAGACGGGGCACGGGUCGCGGCCCCAAGGUGACAGCAAACGGGGUGCACGACAUUGAGGAUCGCAUCUUGAGGAUCACUGGAUACUACGGAUACAACCCGGGUUACUCAAGUCACAGAAGAGAGGACGAUUUGGAGUCUCACGCCGAGACACCUGGUAGUGAAACAAGUGUGGAAAGCCAGUCGUACCAGACAUGCACCAGCAUAGUUUUGAAGGUGCUCGCUGGCCUGCUGAUGGUGCUGUGCAUCUCCUCCUCCUGGGUGGGUACCACUCAGGUGGUCAAGCUGACCUUCCGGUCAUUCUCCUGUCCUUUCUUCAUAUCGUGGUUCAGCAGCAACUGGAACAUCCUCUUUUUUCCUAUUUAUUACUCUGGACAUGUGGUGACCACAAGGGAGAAACAGACACCCAUUCAAAAAUUCAGAGAGUGCAGUAAGCUCUUUGGCGAAGAUGGGAUGACUCUGAAGCUUUUUGUAAAGAGAACUGCCCCUUUCUCCAUCCUGUGGACGCUGACCAACUACUUAUACCUUUUGGCCUUGAAGAAACUGACCGCCACUGAUGUCUCCGCCCUUUACUGCUGCCACAAAGCCUUUGUCUUUCUCCUCUCCUGGAUAGUCCUCAAAGAUCGCUUCAUGGGUGUCCGGAUUGUUGCUGCCAUCAUGGCCAUCACAGGAAUCGUUAUGAUGGCAUACGCUGACGGUUUCCAUGGUGAUUCCUUUGUCGGGGUGGCACUUGCUGUCGGCUCAGCUUCAACUUCAGCUCUUUAUAAGGUGCUGUUUAAGAUGUUCCUGGGAAGUGCCAAUCUUGGCGAAGUGGCCCAUUUCCUUUCCACCAUGGGUUUCUUCAACCUUAUCUUCAUCUCCUGUGUGCCCCUCAUCCUCUAUUAUACCAAAGUAGAGCAAUGGGGCUCCCUCUCCUCAUUGCCUUGGGGGUACAUGUGUGGUCUGGCAGGACUGUGGUUAGUGUUCAACAUUCUGGUUCAUGUUGGCGUGGUAUUGACAUACCCCAUUCUCAUCUCCAUAGGAACUCUACUCAGUGUACCUGGAAAUGCAGCUAUAGAUGUCCUUAAACACGAGGUGAUCUUCAGCAUGGUGCGACUGGCGGCCACGUGCAUCAUCUGCCUGGGUUUCUUAUUGUUGCUGCUCCCAGAAGAGUGGGACUCGGUCACGCUGCGUUUCCUGGCCACCAUUGCGGACAAGAAGUCUGAGGAUCACGGCGAGGAGCUCACCGAGUCCAGUGCACACACGAGGAGCCGCAGUCGAGCCAACGGUGCUGUCUCGCUUCCCUUAGCGUGA